AUGACUGAUUUUCAGCCUUUAGAAGUGUUCGCUCCGGCCACUACGGCCAACCUCGGGCCCGGAUUUGAUUGUCUUGGAAUGGCGCUGGAUCUAUGGAACCGCCUGGAAGUGCUUCCUGUUGAGCAAGGGGCUGAACCAGCUUCUGCCGUGGAGGUGCUUGGUGAAGGGAUAGAGGAAUUGGCUUCGGAUUCCACUAAUCUUACCUACCGUGCGAUGCAGUUUCUCUAUGACGAGGCUGGGUUGGAAAUGCCCCCUCUACGCUUGCGCUGUCACAACGCAAUUCCCUUGAGCCGUGGGAUGGGCAGCAGCGCCGCAGCCAUAUCUGGAGGAUUGGUGGCCGCUAAUGCUCUUUGCGGGGGACCCUACUCUUCCAGCGAGAUAUUGGAGAUGGCGGCUACGAUUGAAGGCCAUCCCGACAACGUGGCCGCAGCAGUGAUGGGUGGCCUGCAAUUGGUGGUGUCCGAUGGCCCUCAGCUCUACACGGCCCCUAUUCCGGUUCCAGAUGACGUACAAGCGGUCCUUUUUAUUCCUGAUACCCGUAUAGCCACGGCUGAUGCCAGGGCGGUCUUGCCCAGCAAGGUUACUGUCGCCGAUGCGGUGUUUAACAUGGGGCGUGUGGCUCUGCUGGUGGCGGGCAUGGCCCUUGACCGCACGGAAUAUAUGGACGUUGCUACCCAGGACAAACUGCACCAGCCCUAUCGGCAGCCAUUGUUUCCCGCCAUCAAGGUUAUCUUUUCGGCGGCCAGAGCCGCAGGAGCAUUGGGUGUGUUCCUGUCCGGCAGCGGUUCUACGGUCCUGGCGCUUACCAAAGGCAGGGAAAUGACCGUGGCGUACGAAAUGUUUGAGGCGGCCCGCUUAACCGCCGUUCCUGGAAGAUUGGAAAUUACAAGGCCGACGCCUGCAGGGGCUCACACCAAGGCCUGA